GGUCCAUUAACUCCAUGUGGGCUUUCAUGUGUCUUGCACUGAGGAGAGGCUUCCGGACGGCCAGCUCUAGGAAGGGAUCUGGUCGUCCCAUACGUCUUCCAUUUGAGCCUUAUGGGGGCCACUGUGCUCUGAGGAACCUUAAGUGCAGCAGAUUUUUUUAUUUUUUUUUGUAACUUUGACCAUUUCUGUGCCUUGCCACAAUUCUUUCUCUGAGCUCUUCAGGUACUUCCUUUGACCUCAUGAUUCUCAUUUGCUUUGACAUGCACUGUGAGGUGUCAGGUCUUAUAUAGACAGGUGUGUGGCUUUCCUAAUCAAGUCCAAUCAGAAUAAUCAAACACAGCUGGACUCCAAUGAAGGUGUUGAACCAUCUCAAGGACGGUCAGAAGAAAUGGACAGCACCAAAAUUAAAUAUACGCGUGUCAGAGCAAAGGGUAUGACUACUUAUGGCCGUGUGAUAAUUCAGUUUUUCUUUUUUAAUAAAUCUGCAAAAAUGUCAACAAUUCCGUGUUUUUCUGUCAAUAUGGGGUGCUGUGUGUACAUUUACGAGGGAAAAACAUUAUUUUAGCAAAGGGCUGCAAUAUAACAAAGAGUGAAAAUUUUUCAGGGGGUUGGAAUACUUCCCGUACCCACUGUAUUCCUUGAGAGAGAAUGAAAGUCAGAAUUUUAAGUAUACUGGUACAUUUUUAUUAUAAAAAGUAUUAUUGCCAGACAGGCGGCCCGGUGGCUGACUGGUUAGAGCGUCAGCCUCACAGCUCUGAGGACCCGGUUUCAAUCCCUGGCCCCGCCUGUGUGGAGUUUGCAUGUUCUCCCCGUGCCUGCGUGGGCUUUCUCCGGGCACUCCAGUUUCCUCCCACGUCCCAAAAACAUGCAUGAAUUGGAGAGUCUAAAUUGCCCGUAGGUGUGAAUGUGAAUGUGAGUGUGAAUGGUUAUUUGUUUGUCUGUGCCCUGCGAUUGGCUGGCAACCAGUUCAGGGUGUACCCCGCCUCCUGCCCGAUGAUAGCUGGGAUAGGCUCCAGCACGGCCGCGACCCUAGUGAGGAGAAGCGGCUCAGAAAAUGGAUGGAUUAUUGCCAGACAGUCACAGAAUAUCCAAAUCAAAACACUUUGUUCACAGAAACCUUCUUGAUAGGGCAGAAACUCAUCUGUCAGGACUUGGACUUUGGAAAUGAACAGCUGUGGAUAAAGUCCACUCUGGCCAAAAAUAGUAAAUAAAUACAGUAAAUGGCAAUGAGUUGUUGGAGACAUGCUCAUCUCUGUAGUAUACAGGCGCAUCACUAUAAAUUGGAAUAUUGUGAAAAACAAUCUCAGUAGUUCAAUUAAGAAAGUGAAACACAACUACUAUGUAAUAUCACUAUUUCUAUAUUCACUAUAGAGUCGUCGUUCAAGAUUUUCUAAUGAUGAUUAUCAAGUGCAUUGGUAUUAAAAACUCCUAUUCAACAUCUUGGAAAAAAAAAAUUCAUAAGUAAAAUAAUUUUAACUGUAGAAAUGUGGGCCUUCUGAAAAGUAUAUUUUGCUAUAUACUGACAUUUGGAGCUCCUUUUAUUCAAGUCUGGACUUUGACUAGGCCACUCCAAAACUUUUCUUUAUUUUUUUCUUUAAGCCAUUCAGAAGUUGACUAGCUGGCGUGUUUUGGAUUGUUAUCCUGCUGCAGAACCCAACUGCGCUUCAUCUUGAGGUCACAAACUGAUGUCUGAACAUUCUCCUUCAGGAUAUUCUGUUAAAGAGCAGAGUUCAUGGUUCCUUCACACAGUUGUCCAGGUCCUGAAUAAACAAAGCAGCCCCAGACCAUCACACUACCGCCACCAUGUUUGACUGUUGGCAUGGUAUUCUUUUUCUGAAAGGCUCCAUUACAUUUACCGCAGAUGUAACGAUAUACCGUACAUCGCUCCAAAAAGUUAAACUUUCCUCUUGUCAGUCCAUAGAAUAUGCUCCCAAAAGUCUUGUGAAUCAUUCAGAUGGAUAUACAAAACCUAUCUCGCCAAAUCUAUUUGGACAGUGAAUAUUCUUACAAAAAAAAAAUAAAAAAUAGUUGUGCAAAUCCUUAAUAAUCCACCGUAGUGCUUUGUCUACCCAGGUUGCUAUCUUACUAUAUGUUUGCAUUUUAUCAGUACUCAUUAGAAAUCGUUAUCCGACAAAAGGGCAAGAAGUAAAUCCUUAUCGAUGUGCCUUGCUGUUUUUGUACGAAGUUGCUAUUUUGCCAUAUGAUAGCAUAUAUCCCCUGGCUACUAUGAGAAAAUAUGGUCACCACUUUAGGAAAAAUAUAAUCACCAGAGUGCUAUUUGAUGUUAACCCCCGCAUUUUGGACCAAGUGUAGUAGAUACAGCACGACAAACCUAUCAGUCCAAACCCAAACUGGUGGAUAAUCCUAUUUAUUAUUGGAAAUGUGGUAUUUUGAGCCACCUCCUCAUCUCUCCAUUGUUUGCUUCUGUGCACAAGGGGCAAACAUCAAUAUUGUGCUAUGGGAAAAUAUUGCUGCUGAUGCUAUUGACAGUGGCAACAUCAGCUGUCACAUUUUCAAUUGGCCUUCCCCCCCCCCACCCUGCAAUAUCAUCAUUUUGAAAAAUUGCACUUGUCGACGGAGCGAGAACUGCUUACAGCAGCAUUUUAAAUUCAGAAAUAUUUACAGUGUACUACACCCAGUCAGUGAAAACGUUGAAUUGAUCAUGGUCUCCAUUCAUUCACGCUCACAUGCCCGCCCCUCGUUUAUCAAACUGGCGUGACCUAUUGCUGUUGGCAUCAUGAAGAAGAGGGCGGGCACUGGGGUGGCUUUCCCGUCUUGAUGAUAUAAAUACAAGGAGGGGGAAGAGCAGCAGAAGUGCUCCAGGACCUUUUCACCCUUCUCUGCUUGGUUUUUGGACACGAAAUCUGUGAGAUAUCUUUCACCAUGAAAGGUUUGAAGACCAUCACUUUCACUUAUAUUCUCACUCUCUUUCUGGCUGCAUUUGUCACACAAUCCUGGAGUGCACCGAAGGGCUCUUUCCAACGGAGAAACUGGUCACCACAGGCUAUGCUGUAUCUUAAAGGCACUCAAGGACGCAGGUUCAUCUCAGAGGACCGAAAAGAAGGAGACGUGUAUGACACUUUACACUUAGAGACCCGCAGUCAGAACACAGAGAAGCUGAGUGUGGACCAGGCUGCCACUAUUUUACUCAACUUUUUGCAGCAGGCCAGGGAUGGAGCUGAUGAAAACCCAGAUGAGGUGUACUUUCAGGAGAUGCCAGUGUGGAAGAGAGAAUACUUCUGAAAGUGGUCCACGUCCUCGUCGGAUGGCUGUCGUCAUUCAUUUCUGUACGAGGGAGAAGAAACGGAUAUUUUGUACAUUGUGUCACCAAAUCUGAAUACUGUAUAUUUGAAAUGUGAUGUUUGAAUAAACUGGAAUAAAUUUGGACUGAUAGCAUGA